UGCGGAAGUGUUUGCCAGGCGACUCGCGCGCUCGGGCACCAGAUAUGACAGAUCAGAUCUGUUAAAAUCCACCGCCGCAGACGGGUCAGUGAUCCUGUCGGUUGUGUCUAUUUGAAGUGGACCGGGCAGAGGGGAGUUUUUUGGGGCGGUAUGGGCGCGUUUCAGUCCGCACCGACUCAUCCAGAAUACACCGAUCUGGCGGAGAAGACCGGCUUUUCAGUUGAGCAGAUUUCAGUCCUGCAUAAAAGAUUCAAGCAGCUAAGUCACAAUGAAGACACUCUGCGGAGCGAACACUUCAAAGAAAUCCCAGAUCUGGCAUGCAAUCCCAUUCGUUCCCAGAUCAUACAGGCUUUUUUUGACAAAAGAAAUUUUCGACAGAAUGGUGAAGGAACCGUUGAAGAGAUCAGCCUGGAGGAGUUCUUGGUGGUUAUGUCUCAUUUCAAGCCUCCAUCGCGGCACCUGACACAGGAACAGCGGCAGGCCAUCAGGAGGGAGAAACUGAGAUUUUUAUUCAACAUGCAUGACACCGACAACGAUGGAACAAUAACGUUGGAGGAGUACCGUCAUGUGGUGGAGGAGCUGUUAUCUCGUAGUGGGGCAGUGGGAAAGGAAACGGCCAAGUGCAUUGCUGAUGCUGCCAUGUUGGAGGUUGCCAGUAUUUCAGUGGGUCACAUGGAACCUGACGAGUUCUACGAGGGAAUCACAUUUGAUCAUUUUUUCAAGUUACUCUGUGGCUUUGAAAUUGAGUCAAGAAUGAGCAUUCGCUUUUUGAAUGUGGACACAACAACUCUAUGCAAGUGAGAUACACUAAACUAUGCAGUGAGUUUGGGAUGAUGCUGGGGAAGCUUAUUGUGGCUGUAAUGUUUUUUAUAUAUACACUUGAAAUCUUUUUUUCCUGUUACCCUUUAAUACUUGCAUUGCCUUAUCUAUGUUUAACUAUGCAGAUUCAAAGAAAUUCUGCAUAAUAUGAAUGUAUUAUGAUUGAUAUAUAUUUAUUGUUGUUUUUUACUGCAAGCAAUAACCUGAUCUAACGAGUUUGUCAGUUGUUGGCAAAGCAAUAAUUACAUGUCCAAAUCAAGA